AUGAAUCGUGAAAUCCCGGGGUUCUAUUAUGACCCGGAGAAGAAGAAGUACUUCAAGAUUCAAGCCAACCAUGUGGCAGCUCCAAAUGCACAAUACUCACAGCAAUCCGUGAAGCGAAAGCGGUCUGAGCUGACGACAAGAGAAAACAAGACACGAUUGAGACAACGUGAGGAAAAAGAGACAAUCAGAAAGUCAGCAUCGUUGAAGCAUCCCUUGGUUCAUCUCCAAAGAGAGGUUGGAGCAGUUGCAACCUCCCGUGGCAGGCAAGAACAGCAGGCUCGCAUUCAAGCCAGCCAACUGCACCGUGAGGAACUCCAUCGUUUUGAACCAUGGCCUAACUCGUACAGCAUCCGACAUGCCUUGCGCAACCCACGUUCUGGGACUUUGAUUGCUAAGAAUAGGGUCUGUUUCCCUGACAUUGACGAGUCACAGUGGAGAUACGAUCACACUAUGGAACGGGUGUUAUUCAGGGAGCCGUACUGGUUAGGAUCGAUGUCUUUAAGCCACUCGGGAUACCUACUGUCUAGUGCAACAAUGAACGAAGGACCGCAAGGUGACUGCUUCCUUUCGGCUCAUCUCCUCCCAGAGCCCGACGAAGGCGGCAACUACCGCUGGCCAACAUGUACGGUUCCAUAUGUAUCUCUAUCGCCAGACACAACGCUUACACAAUACUUUCCAGUCUCUCAUCCAAUUCGGAUCAGACCCCACUACCCGAUGUCCUUCUGGUGCUCGGCGGCCCAGCCUACCGGAUCAAGCGCACACUUCGCCAUAGGAACUUCAGAAGGACUCCACACCCUAGAGGGUACCAGUAGUCAUUGGAGCCUAUCGAAGAAGCCAUUCAAGGGCAAUACGGUUUCCACUACCACCAGAAGACGCCCCGAUCGACGCCAGAGCCAACACAGCGUGCAUGCAGUAGAAUGGAUUUCACAGGACGUGAUUGCGGCGGGACAGAAAAACUCCAAGAUCUUCCUCCAUGAUUUGCGCAGUGGUGGCAGUGCCACGCGCCUCCAACACAACGACUCCGUGAUGGAAAUGAAGCAGAUGGACGAGUAUCGGCUCGUGGCAGCGGGACCUCGCUCGCUACGAAUGUACGACCUCCGCUUCGCGCCCAAGGCGCUUAAACCUCAGGACGCCUCGAAACCCUACCUCACUUUCCCUGAUUUCUCCUCACUUCCAAUCCCAACCUUCGACCUGAGCACCGAGCUCGGUCUACUGGCUAGCCCUUCCCAGCACUGCAAGAUCCAGCUCUUCUCUCUCCAAACCGGACUGCAUGUCUCCUCGCCUCUCACGAGACAUCAAUACUCCUCGCCACCUAGCUGUGUGCGAUUCGAGUACGGCAAUGAUACCCCGGACUGGCGGGGUCCACAUGGACCGAGUUUGUUGGUCGGCACGGAUGAUGUAGUUGAGCAGUGGACAUGGUAG